AAACGGUGGGAUUUUUUCAGCGAAUUUUGACAUCUAGCAUCAGCAAAACUAAUCCUCAACACGGAUGUGGUGUGGUCCGAAAGAGGACGCUGAUUGGUAGAUGCCGUCCUCCGUUACGCAACACCGGAAGUUUUCCGAACGGAGCAUCUUGGCAGCAGCAACAGUCUAGCUAACCAUUUAGAUUAACCAUGACUAGGGCUAAAGGUCGGUACACUGCAUUAAUUCAGGGUUGGACCAUGUGGUGAUGAUCGGUAUGCCAUGCAGAGGAGACACAGCAGCAACACGGAUGGCAUGCCCUCUGAAAGGAGCCGAAGCCAAACUCUGGGAUCAGAGAGCAGCCUGGAUGAAGGUGGUGUGUUUGACUGCCUGAAGCCUGACUCACCCGCUUCUCCCCAGCAGAUCUUCUCAGGCCUGGUUGGUGUCCCCUCCAGCUCUGUCUCCUCUGCCCAAUUCCAGGCAGCUGGCUUAGUCCUGGGCUCUCCCCCUGAAGUUUUUAUCCAGAUGACAGCAUCAUCCAGAGAGGAAGGGGGCCCCCAUCGCACAGAGGGUGGACCUUUUCUCCCUCGGCCUCCCCAGCACCACCAUCACCAUCACCACUUCCACCACCAGCCUCUGCAGCACAGGACCUCCUCUCUGCUCCAGCAGGCUACUACAGCAGCUGGCUCAGAAAGGCACAGCUCCAGGGAGGAGGCCCAGGAAGACCAGUCCACCCCGGCCCCAGCUUUGUCUGAGUUGAAAGCAGUGGUCACCUGGCUCCAGAGGGGCUUCCCUUUCAUCCUUAUUUUGUUGGCUAAAGUCUGCUUUCAGCAUAAACUAGGUAUUGCUGUGUGUGUGGGGAUGGCUAGCACAUUUGCCUAUGCCAAUUCCACUUUAAGGCACCAAGUAUCAUUACGGGAGGAACGUUCUGUGUUUGUUGCUCUGUGGAUCAUCAUGUUCCUCGGAGGGAACAUUGUGUAUAUCUAUUACACAUUUAGUCAUGAAGAGCUGCACAACAGCCUCAUAUUUGCCAAGCCCGUCCUCAGCAGCUUUGACUUCUUUGAUCUGAUCUGGGCGGUGGGCAUCACCGACUUUGUGCUUAAAUACGUCACCAUCAUCCUGAAAUGCUUCGUCCUCUUUCUUCCCAAGAUUCUCCUGGCAUUCAAAUCCAGGGGUAAGUUCUACCUGCUGAUUGAGGAGCUGAGCCAGCUGUUUCGAGCCCUCGUGCCCAUCCAGUUAUGGUACAAGUACAUCAUGGGAGAAGACCCCUCAAACAGCUACCUCCUGGGAGCCACGCUCAUCAUCAUCUACAGCCUCUGCAAGUCCUUUGACAUCUGUGGACGUAUAUCUACAAUACGCAAGGCCCUGGUCAUGCUCUGCAGCACCCAGAGUUAUGGAGUGAGAGCCGGCAGUCAGCAGUGCAGCGAGGCGGGUGAUGUCUGUGCUAUUUGUCAGGCUGAUUUUAGAGACCCCGUAGCUCUUCUCUGUCAGCACGUGUUCUGCGAGGAGUGCCUGUGUUUGUGGUUUGACCGCGAGAGAACGUGUCCACUGUGUCGUUCUACUGUCAUUGAGACCCUGAGAUGCUGGAAGGAUGGCACCACCUCGGCUCACUUCCAAAUCUACUAACUUCUAAUAAUAAAUCACGAGCAACCAGAGAGAUGUGAUUGUACUGAGAUACGAGGUGGACGGUGUUGUUUCUGCAAAUGUCUCAUUUAAAUCAGGCUAGGAAUAACUGAAGUACAUUUUUCACAUAACAUUUCACUUUAAGUGUGGUGAUGAUGUAAAAAGUGAUUAUAAUUUUGUCAUUGUCUUGUUUUCAUUUGUGUUUAGGUCUGUGAUUGCAGAAAUCAGUUUGUACUCUCUUUAGGUAGGAAAGGUUUUUGUUGGUAAAAAAGUAUUUAAGCGUAUUUAGAUACUGAAUAAUGAACAAGGUGCUUAUCUACCCUGACUAUAAACAAUGCACUGUAAAAGUGUUUAUAUGGAGUGCAGGCAGGCGCCGUAGUCGUACAUUGUCACUGACAUCAGGGACACAUCUGAUAAUCUUCCACACUGUAAAUUCUUUCAUUGUUAUUCCUUAUUUAUGUUGUGACUAUUGAGUAUUUUAUUUAGAAUAAUUUAGGACUUGUGCAGUGCAGCACUGAGAUUGUUGGUUUUAAAAUAAAGCAC